AUGGCCGACGACUCGGCCUUGGCGGCCGUCGCCGCCGUCUUGAGGUCUCUCGCUACCGACCCUUCUUCUACUGCGGCGCCAAUCCAAAUCAAGCUCCCCAUUGCUGAGAGCGCCGAGGCACAGGCUGUGGAAUUUGAACUCGCAUCGCUGGUCCUCCGUAUCCAACAACUCGAAGCCAGAGCCUGCUCCGCGAACGGUACAGUCUUCCCAGAUACACCUAACGAGACAACUGAGUCGCUCUUUGCUGCAAACGAUGCCUCUUCAUCCCCGGCAAGCCUGGGGAAGCCAUCCAAACCCAAGCAUGCACCCCCGAUACCCCGAAACGGCUUCAUCGAUGACGCUCUCGAGGGGUUGCAAAAGCAUGUCGACGGCCAGUCCAAGCUCCUGGACAGCCAGCGUCAGGAACUUGCGGGCGUCAACGCGCAGCUCCUCGAGCAGAAGCAACUGCAGGAAAGGGCGCUGGCGAUGAUUGAGCAGGAGCGCGUUGCAACCCUCGAGCGCGAGCUAUGGAAGCACCAGAAGGCGAACGAGGCUUUCCAGAAGGCUCUCCGAGAGAUUGGCGAGAUUGUCACGGCCGUUGCCCGAGGCGACCUUUCCAAGAAAGUCAGGAUGAAUUCUGUCGAGAUGGACCCCGAAAUCACAACAUUCAAGCGCACGAUCAACACCAUGAUGGACCAGCUCCAGGUUUUCUCGAGCGAAGUUUCUCGGGUCGCACGCGAAGUCGGAACCGAGGGUAUCCUCGGCGGCCAAGCCCAAAUCGAGGGCGUCGAUGGUACUUGGAAGGAGUUGACGGAUAAUGUGAACGUCAUGGCCCAGAACCUGACAGAUCAAGUGCGCGAAAUCGCAUCUGUGACCACAGCCGUCGCCCAUGGCGAUUUGACCAAAAAGAUCGAGCGUCCGGCAAGGGGGGAGAUUCUCCAGCUCCAGCAGACCAUCAACACCAUGGUGGAUCAGUUGCGAACCUUUGCCUCCGAAGUCACGCGUGUGGCCAGAGAUGUCGGAACCGAAGGCAUCCUCGGCGGUCAAGCCCAGAUAGAAGGCGUCCAGGGCAUGUGGAACGAAUUAACCGUCAAUGUCAACGCUAUGGCCAACAACCUCACAACACAAGUACGAGAUAUUAUCAACGUUACCACUGCCGUCGCCAAGGGCGACCUUACUCAGAAGGUCCAGGCUGAAUGCCGAGGCGAGAUCUUCGAACUCAAGAAAACCAUCAACUCCAUGGUGGACCAAUUGCAGCAAUUCGCCCGAGAGGUCACCAAGAUCGCGAAAGAGGUCGGCACUGAAGGACGCUUGGGCGGCCAGGCUACUGUGAAUGACGUCCAAGGCACAUGGCGAGAUUUGACAGAGAAUGUCAACGGCAUGGCCAUGAACUUGACCACCCAGGUCCGCGAGAUUGCCAGGGUCACCACCGCUGUCGCCGAAGGCGAUCUCACCAAGAAGAUUGGGGUCGCAGUCCAGGGCGAAAUAUUGGACCUGAAGAACACCAUCAAUACCAUGGUUGACCGUCUUGGGACUUUUGCCUUCGAGGUUAGCAAAGUCGCUAGGGAAGUCGGUACGGACGGGACACUUGGAGGUCAAGCUCAGGUCGACAACGUCGAGGGCAAGUGGAAGGAUCUCACGGAGAACGUCAACACAAUGGCGUCGAACUUAACUUCCCAGGUCCGCGGCAUAUCGACUGUCACCCAGGCCAUCGCCAACGGCGACAUGAGCCGCAAGAUCGACGUCGAAGCGAAAGGAGAGAUUCUCAUCCUAAAGGAAACCAUCAACAACAUGGUUGACAGGCUAUCCAUAUUCUGCAAUGAAGUGCAGAGGGUCGCGAAAGAUGUCGGCGUCGACGGGAUAAUGGGUGGCCAAGCCGACGUUGCCGGCCUCAAGGGCAGGUGGAAGGAGAUCACGACAGAUGUCAACACCAUGGCGAACAAUCUUACGGCACAAGUGCGAGCGUUCGGUGACAUAACCAACGCCGCCACGGACGGCGACUUCACCAAGCUUGUCGAAGUCGAGGCGUCGGGAGAAAUGGACGAACUUAAAAAGAAGAUCAACCAGAUGGUUUACAAUUUGCGGGACAGUAUCCAGAGGAAUACUCAGGCAAGAGAAGCUGCCGAGCUGGCCAACAAGACCAAAUCCGAAUUCCUGGCAAACAUGUCGCACGAAAUCCGGACACCCAUGAACGGCAUCAUCGGUAUGACACAGCUCACGCUGGACACGGAUCUUACGCAAUAUCAGCGGGAGAUGUUGAACAUCGUCAACAGCCUUGCAAAUAGCCUGUUGACCAUCAUCGACGACAUCCUCGAUCUCUCCAAGAUUGAGGCGAGAAGGAUGGUCAUUGAGGAGAUACCGUACACGUUGCGGGGCACCGUAUUCAAUGCGCUGAAGACGCUCGCUGUCAAGGCCAACGAGAAGUUCCUCGAGCUUACGUAUAGUGUUGACAGCUCGGUGCCGGACUAUGUCGUCGGUGAUUGCUUCAGGUUACGGCAGAUCAUCCUCAACCUCGUUGGCAAUGCCAUCAAGUUCACGGAACACGGAGAAGUCAGCCUGACGAUCAAGAAGGCGAAUCAGAUCAUCUGCAGUCGCGGCGAGUAUGCGAUCGAAUUCGUCGUCUCAGACACAGGCAUUGGGAUCCCGUCGGAUAAGCUCGAUCUGAUAUUCGACACCUUCCAGCAGGCCGACGGAUCCAUGACACGAAAAUUCGGAGGCACCGGCCUAGGUCUGUCAAUCUCGAAGAGAUUGGUGAGCCUCAUGGGUGGCGACGUCUGGGUUAACAGCGAAUAUGGGAGAGGAAGCUCGUUCCACUUCACCUGUGUGGUCAGGCUGGCUGGUAGCGACAUCGGCCUGUUUAAGAAGCAGCUAAAAGCCUACAGGGACCAUCAGGUCCUUUUCAUCGACAAGGGUAGGACCGGACAUGGACCCGACAUUGGCAAGAUGCUCUCCAGUUUGGGCUUGGUCCCCGUCGUUGUCGACACAGAAAAGAGCCCGGUGCUCCAGGGAGGACAGCCGAAGGGGACACCGUACGAUGUUAUCAUUGUCGACUCGAUCGAAGAUGCUAGGAGACUUCGAGCGAUCGACGAUUUCAAAUAUCUCCCCAUUGUCCUACUGGCACCCGUGGUCCACGUCUCAUUGAAGUCCUGCCUCGACUUGGGCAUCACUUCGUAUAUGACGACCCCUUGCCAGCUGAUCGACCUGGGCAACGGCAUGAUACCGGCCCUGGAGAACAGAGCGACGCCUUCCCUUGCCGACAACACACGCUCUUUCGAGAUCCUCUUGGCCGAAGACAACACGGUCAAUCAGAGGCUAGCCGUUAAGAUACUUGAAAAGUAUCACCACGUUGUGACGGUGGUAGGGAACGGACUCGAGGCAUUGCAUGCCGUGAGGAAUAAGAAGUUCGAUGUCAUCUUGAUGGAUGUGCAGAUGCCUAUCAUGGGCGGCUUCGAGGCGACGGGCAGAAUCCGUGAGUAUGAGCGGAAUCUCGGCACUCAAAGGACACCGAUCAUUGCUCUGACUGCACACGCCAUGAUGGGCGACCGCGAGAAAUGCAUCCAGGCACAGAUGGACGAGUACCUCUCCAAGCCUCUGCAGCAGAACCAUCUCAUACAAACCAUACUCAAAUGUGCGACCUUGGGCGGUCAGCUCCUGGAGAAGAAUCGUGAAAGGGAGCUCACACGGGCUGCGGACGCUGCAACGGGGGGCCGUCAUGAUACCGGUUCUUUGACCCAGUACCAAAAUGUGUCGACCCUCUUGCGCCCGACUCUGUCCCCUCGAGCUGUGACCAAUGCUGGUCCACCCGAUAGCCCCCCCAUUCUCUCUGGGGACCAGCAAGCCCGAGUCAGCCCGGCACACAGUAUUUCCGAACCCAAUAUCCACGCACCCAGUUGA